ACAGGGAGGCCAUUUUGGAAUACUGUUGUUGUUGGUUGAGAAAUACAUAGAGCAAGUUGUUCAAGUUUCGAAUCAGUCAGCAGUAAACGUCGUUUAAAUCGGUGGAUUAUAAGGAUGUUUUCAAUGAGAAGACCCCCCUAUGUCUAAAGAUGAAAAGCUGAUCAGUGAACAAGGAUACUUGGAUUUUCUGCCUUGUCGAUUUGCGUCAGGAGGUUAUACUGACAGGACAGUUGAGCAUGGAUUUUUCCCGACUUCACACAUACACUCCUCCUCAAUAUGUGCCAGAGAACACUGGCUAUACUUAUGCACUCAGUUCCAGCUAUUCUACAGAGGCAGUAGACUUUGAGAACACACAUCGGUUGCACCCAGUGUAUGAUUCACCAAGGAUGUCUCGACGCAGAUUACGACCUGUCACUACUGAAUAUUAUUCUACAGAAAGCAUGCGUAAUGAGAGCAUUGGCAGCAAUCACUCUUUUACGGGGAGUGUCUUGUCCUAUAAAGAAACUUCAAUAAGAGGUGCAAAACAGCAGCAGCAGAAUCACAGAAGCUUGUCCAAGCCGAUGACAGCUGUGUCCCAUACUCCAAGGAAAAGCAUGGUGGAGUCCUCGGUUUCCAGUCAAAGUAGCAUCCUGAGCUAUGCAAGUGAUGCCUCAAUGAUGUCUACAGUGUUGGAUGAGUCUUCAAUACGAGAAAAAACAGAAUUAGAUCAUUUCUGGGGACUGGAUGAGGAGGAUGGAGACAGCAAAGGAGGAAAUACAACUUUGACCCAAGCAAAUGGGGACAUACUAACAGGCGAAAUGCAGAUGGCCAUGUACAAUGGUUACACUUGUGCUGACUGUAGCAUCCUUUCUGAGAGAAAAGAUGUUCUGACUACGUACUGUACAUCCCAUGCACCCACUUCUACAGUAUACUCCCGGAGCAGAAACAAAGACAAGUCAAGAGUGAAGUUGUUCACAGGUCAUGCACACCGACUGGCAAAGUAUACUUUAUCCACUGCAGCCGCAUGGCUUUUACAACUUUAUCAGACAAUUUUGCUGAAGACAGGGUUUUGCUCCCGAGCCCAUUCAAGUUACUGUGGACAAAUGAAUGUAAAAGAAUUGAUUACUGGGGAUGGACAUCUGAAUAUAAAUGGGGAGUCUUUGUGUGAUGACUGUAAGGGGAUGCAACACGAAACACACAAAUCCACUGAGGUGCAGUCCAUAAAAUACAUGAAGCAUACACGAAUCACACGGACUAUCUGGCUGGUCUUUUCUUAUGCAGGUUCAUUGUUGCUGCAAAUGAUCCAGGCCGCUGGUACUGUUGCCUGGUUUGUAUCCAGGAAGGUCUUGUCUAUUCUGUGGUUGGCCAUUGUAUCUCCAGGAAAGGCUGCCACUGGAGCAUUUUGGUGGCUUGGGACUGGAUGGUACCAGUUGAUUACUUUAAUGUCCCUUCUUGAUGUAUUUUUGCUCACCAGGUGUCUUUCCAGAUUGCUUAGAUGGCUGUUCUUACUGAUUCCAUUUCUUCUUUUAUUUGUUGGUUUGCGGUACUAUGGUCUGGCAGGCUUGUGGUCUUUGUUGCCAAUCUUCAAUGGGACAGCAUUACAAACAACGCAGCGUUCAAAGGAAAUUGUACCAAAUAUUCAGACAAGUGAGGAGAUUCCAGUUUCUCCACAAAUUCCACUGGAUACUGGACAUCCUUUUGACUGGAGCCGUGUGGCAAAGUUGGAAAGGCAGGUUGCUCUUCUGAAUGACAAGUGUAGUCAGACUGCCCACACUUCAGAUGUUCGUCAUGGUCAGCUUGUUGGCUUGUUAGAGAAGCUGCAGGAGCAGGUCAGAGAGAUGAGUGACAAAGAAAAAAUCUCCAUCCUUGUCCGAAAUCUGAUCAGCCAGCAUUCAAACGUGCUGCAGGAGGACAUAAAGUGGGAAAGGACUGACCAUUCGCAGGACCAGUUUUUGGCUUUGCAUCAGAAGCAUGAGUUAAGAAUUGCUGAACUGGAGCUUAUGCUUCAGAAGUUGUCUAACAGAUCAGAGGAAGUUUAUAAAGAAGUGGAAUUAGCCAAGCACAGCACAACAAGCAAUGAGAAUGAAGAACAGUACCAGCAUCUGGAAUCUGAACUGAAAAGAUUAGAAAUAGAGCUAUCCACAGUCAAGUCCGAACUUUCAAGUAUGCAAGAACUAAAAGCAUCCUGUGCAAAGAUGGAUGGAAUUCAAGGAAAUGUAGACAAUCAGGUUAGAGAAUUGGUCAACUUGCUUGUUUUUGGGAGCAGACACACUUCAUCCGAAUCCUUCAGGGAAUGGCUCUCCUCUGAGUUUGCCAGCCAAACUGAACUCCAGAUCCUCUUGAAAGAUUUGGAAAUGAAAAUCCUUAAAAAUCUUACUCAACACUGGAUCGAAACAAAAAGACCCCCCGAUGCACAGAUGACUGCAUGUGCGAUUAAUGAUGCUGGAAUAAGUGGAAUCUCUGAGGAGCAAGUACGUGUUAUCGUGGGCAAUGCUUUAAGACUGUACAGUGAAGAUAGGACUGGAAUGGUGGAUUUUGCUUUGGAAUCUGGAGGUGGCAGCAUCUUGAGCACCCGCUGUUCUGAAACUUAUGAGACUGCAACUGCUGUGAUGAGUCUCUUUGGAGUUCCACUUUGGUAUUUCUCUCAGUCUCCUAGAGUGGUUAUUCAGCCCGAUGUUUAUCCUGGAAACUGCUGGGCGUUCAAAGGAUCUCAGGGUUACCUAGUUAUUCGCCUGUCUGUGGAGAUCUACCCUUCCGCUUUCACUCUGGAGCACAUACCAAAGUCUCUUUCACCAGCGGGCAAUAUUAGCAGUGCACCCAAAGACUUCAGUGUUUAUGGGCUUGAGGAUGAGUACCAAGAGGAAGGCAUGAUGUUUGGGAAAUACACGUAUAAUCAAGAUGGAGAGGCAAUACAAACCUUCUUAGUCAGGGAGAAAAGCUUGAAGAAAUACCAAAUAAUUGAACUCCGAAUAUUCUCCAACUGGGGACAUCCGGAGUAUACUUGUCUCUAUCGGUUCAGAGUACACGGCAACCCUUCAAAUCAAUGAAAUGUGGAUUGUGCUAAUAUUGUAAAAACACUUGUAUAUACUGGAAAGGUUGGGGCUAACUCUGGACGUGAGUUUGUUCUUGGGAACUGUGGCAUGAAUAACGUAUAUUGUUGACUCUCCUAAUAUCAGAUGCUUUCAGAAAAACUGCCAGCUGAACUGUUAAUGGCUUUAUCAUCAUUUUUAGAGCAUUUCUUUGUCUCGAUUUUAUUUUGGUGAAUGUCUGAUGUUCAUGUUGCAUAACUGGAGUAUCUAAUGCCUUUCUAUUUGGAAAGGGGUGGUGCAAGGAAAUUAAUGUACAGACCAUUUUUAUUAGAUGUUGGAUAAUGUUUAUUUGUAUAUUGCACAAAAGUCCUUGUAUUUGUAAAGAGAAAAGUUCAAAGAUAUAAACUUAUAUUAACCAAUAUAAUCAUAUAUUUAACUAUUGGCAUAAAACUUGUGGCCUAUGUCGAAAGACUUGGAGUAUGAAAUGCACUCUUUGUAAACUAUGAGAGACUGGUCAUAUUUCUGCCUGUAUAGCAGAAUUGGGGAUUUAGGGAGAGAAACUUUGUGAAUAAUUAUAUUUAUUUUUCAAGAGCAACACAGGACUUUGUGCAAUGUAUUUUUGUAAAUUUUUUCACUUUGUCUCGAAGUGUUUUUAUUUCCUUGGCUGUCGCUAAACUGACGAUGCUAUUCAGAUGUUUAAAUAAAGAAUUUAAUUUUU